CAUGCGCAGACCUCGCCCCGGCGGCGUUGGUGUGUUCUGGAACGGCGCGGACAGCCCGGCCGGCGGGGACGCAGGUAUGACUUCAUUGGGGAAUAUCUUCUCUGUGGCCAAGUCAAUCUACAAAAUGUGUGACGAGAUGAAAUACGGCCAGAAACAGUGCAAGCGCCUGGCGCACCGGGUCAGGGGCCUGCUGGAGCCGCUGCAGAAGCUGCAGGCCCAGGGAGAGGUGUGCCUGGCCCCCGAUGUAGUGGCCGCCCUCGACGGCUUCCAUGCUGUCCUUGAGGAAGCAAAGCAGCAGGUGGAAAAGUUCAGCAAGAGGUCUAACAUCGAGAAGUUUAUAAGAGCAAACCAAAACAAAAUCCUCUUCGGAGAUGUGAAUACGAGUCUGAGCCACGCCUGGGAGCAGCUGUCCUUCACGCUCCAGACGCAUCAGCUCCUGCUGCUGACCGGCACUAGCCACAGGACCUCUUGGCCAGAGGAAGACCAGCAGGACGCAGAGGACGACAGUCGAGCCAUUGAGGAGGAAAGCAAAUCGGGAGAAGCAGCCUUGACGGAACUUGGAAAAGCCCUGAAGAUAGCCUUGCAAAACUUGGAGGUCAUACAGAAAUCUAGGAGGGCGCCCCCACAAGAACCAAUCAAGGAGAUUAAGAAGGAGGAGCUUACCGGACGAGAAUGGGUCCUGCUAAGGGAAGAUGAAUCCAGCAAAAUUUAUCAAGGAGAAUACUAUAACUCUCCUGUGGCCAUAAAGGUAUUCAAGUCCCAAGCGGAAAGUGUUGAAAUGGUGAAAAAGACUUUUAAUAAGGAGAUCAGAACUAUGAAGAAAUUUGAUUCUCCCAAUAUCCUGCGUAUCUUUGGGAUUUUCAUUGAUGAGACAGGGACUGACCCACAAUUCUCCAUCGUCAUGGAGUACUGCGAACUCGGCAGCCUCAGGGACCUGCUGGCUUCCAGGAAGGACCUGACGCUGGCUGAGCGCGUCAUCCUCAUGCUCGGCGCUGCCAGAGGCUUGAACAGGCUGCACCAGAGUGUCAAGCCCGAGCUCCACCAAAAAAUCAGCAGCGCCAGCUUCCUGGUGGCAAAAGGCUUUCAGGUGAAGCUGGCAGGGUUUGAGUUGAGCAAAACACAGACUUCCAUCAGACGAGAAACUAAAAGAAAGAGAGAGGAGGGAAUCAAUUCCUCAGUAUACCGCUCACCUCAGAGACUGAAGAAUGUCUAUGAUACAUAUGACAUGGAAGCCGAAAUAUACAGCUUUGGAAUUGUCCUCUGGGAAAUCGCUACCGGGAAGAUCCCAUUUGAAGGCUGCAAUUCUCAGACUCUCUACCAACGGGUGGUUGAAAACCAGCACCAGGAACCAUUGGGUGAAGACUGCCCUUUCAAGUUGCAGGAGAUCAUUAACAGGUGCCGGGCUUAUGAACCCUCGGAGCGGCCGAAGGUUGAGGAAAUCAUUGAAAUGCUGUCUUCCUUGGGCUGAAACUGAAACUGCGGAGUGGAUGAGAAGCAGGAGGAGGCACAGCUCUCUCAUAGUAUUUGUGGGCACAAGAAGGCAUUACUUUUAUGUCGCAAACAGAACAAUUUCUGGUUUACAAAAUGUAUU